AUGGGACAACAGGUAUCAUUAACUGAUUUGAAAAUACCUGAUUUAUUGUCAACAAAUAAUCAACAAUCGAAAGAAGUAUUAUCCGAUGAUCAAACGGAAGAUAUUCAUUUAUUUUUACCAUUUGAUAUCAUUAAAGAAAUCAAUAAAAAUUCUAUUUCAAUGCAUAGUCAGAAAAAUUCAAAUGAACUAUUAAUUGCAAAAGGUAAAUUGAUUAAUCAAAUUCGAAAUGAUAUAUCUGUUUCCUCGAAUUUAUCUGUUGUCAAUGAAUUCAACGCAAAAAUUGUAGAAAUAAUUAAAAAAACGCUCGAUUAUAUUGCAACGAAGAACACGUGCCUACAAAAUUCUAUACAAUCGAUAAAUAAUAAACAGAAACAAUUGAAAGAUUCCUAUGCUGCAAAAUUAAAAGACGAUGAAAAUGCAGCUGCUUCGAUAUUUUCUGAAGCAUUGAUCGAUUCGGAAAAAGCAUCAAAUGAACAACAAUUAAAAGAACUGUCGUUUUUUGCUGUUGAAUCUUUAAUAACUAUACUAUUGAUGUUACUCAAAUCAGUGCAUAAAUCUGAUUCUACUAUUGUUCAUCAAAUGCUCAUCUUGAAAAAUCAACUUUUAGAACGAAUUCCAUUGAACUAUCUUUCAUCCAAUAUUUACAAACGGUCAAAUAAUUUAUUUAAAUCUUUAAAACCAUUAACUGACUACAUCCAGGAAUUAUCAAUACAAACUGAUAUCAAUCCAAUUGCAGCAAAUCAAUCAAUUAAGAUCUUAUUUAAUUUGUCUGUUAUGAAGGCCUCAUUUAAAGACAUGUUACCGUUAAUAAGAAAAUUAAUUUUCAUCACAAAUGAUAGUUUUGAUGUACGAAAAUUAUUUGUUAAAUUGAAUAUACAUCUGAUGAUAAGGAUGGACCAAUUUGAAAAAGAAAAGCAAACACCAUCUAUUGCAACAACUAUACCACAGAACACGACGAAUAAUAACAGCCUCACAACACAAGAGCAAAACAGAGCUGAUGAAGCGUUGCAGACUGCAACAGAAUUGAAUACCGAACAGAGGUUUCUGGCUGCUGUGGAAUAUCUCAAGUCAAUUGAAGCCUAUCCAAAUACACAAUUGAUUAAAUUAAACGAAAAGGAGUUUACUGGUCAAUUCAUAUGUUCAGUAUUACUUGUUCAUAUUGAUUUACACAAUCAAGUUCAUGCAAAAUCACAAUUUGAACGCAAUUCUGUGACUGGAUCGUUUUCAUUUGAAUUAGAAUCAGAAACAUUUAAAUAUCUUUAUGAAUUAAUCGAACAAUUAACAACAAUACCAGCAUCAUCGGACGCGAAUCUCGAAUAUAUUUUAAAUGUUUGUUUAAGAUUAUUCACAACACAUAUUCAAUUUUUAAUCGAUGCAAACUUUGAUAAUUUUCAUGAAUUUUUGAGUGAACAUGACAUUGAAAAAUGGUUCGCAUUGAUAUCCAGAUUAGCUCUUGAUGAUAAAUUAGAAGAGAACAAAAAAGAAGCUUCGAAAGCUUUGACCUAU